GACCUUGUUGUCUCUAAAAGACAAACAGCUGUUGAAGCUACAACAUAGAAGUUUGUCAAAAGCAGGGUAGGGGCGACCCUCCCACCCGCAGAGGGCGGGAUUCUGAGGCCGCCUCCAGUGAACGCACGUUGAGCCUCUGCUGUAGGGGUGGCGCGGGGCGGAGCCAUCUCAAAGUUGCCCACCUUUUAAACCCAAUCUUUGGGGUCUUCAUUACUUUUAACUGCUUGGGCUCCCACAUCAGUGAGGGUGCCAUUCCUUGUCCCCCGUGGGUAAAACAAAAACCUGCUCUAGCUUCAAGCCCUGGGGGCAUCCCGCCUGCUGCGGCCUCCAGGGGGCGGGCACAGCAGCUAGAAGAAGUACACGCCCGCCAAUGGUUGGAGGCGAGCAGGGGAAAGGGAUGCUCCUUAAAUCCCAAUGUCACAUGACAGCACUGGCCCCGCCCCUUUACCUGCAGUGUUGCAGUGGACCGGUCUUUCUGGCGUACAUCUAAAAGGUUUCUCUGCCUGUCCCACUCUUUCGCAUCAUCGGCAAUUGGGACUUUUCUCACCCCUACGCAGUUGGGCCUCCUGGGGUCAGUGAUCUGCUCCGUGUUGUGAAGAAGAAAGUACUGCAGGGCAGAGAGCAGAAAAAUUACCUUCUUCUCUAGCCCAUCCCCUGACAGCCUGGCCAUUAACUCCUCAAUUUGCUGAGCUCCCUGGAUGGCAUAGACAAGGUAGAGGAAUUCCUAUUGAUCCCAGAACCUUCAUCCUACACGUCUGCCACAAUGCUGCUGUUGCACAGAGCUAUGGUCCUGGGCCUCCGACAAGCCUGCAGACUCAAGUGUACCCACUCGAGGCUCUGCAUUCAGGUCUGCUCUACAAAUGAUUCAUUUCAGCUCCAGUGCCCCAGCCUUGCCUUCUCUAGAGAUAAGUCCAGCACCAGGGGAUGGAGAGUCAUGGGGACCCUGCUAGGCUUUGGGGCAGUGUUGGCCUAUCAUGACCACCAUUGCAGGGCUGCUCAGGACUCACCACACAUAUACACGAAGGAGGAAGUAAAAUCCCACAGCAGCCCUGAGACUAGGAUCUGGGUGACUCUGGGAUCUGAGGUUUUUGAUGUCACAGAAUUUGUCGACCUACACCCUGGGGGGCCAUCAAAACUGAUGCUGGCAGCUGGGGGUCCUCUAGAGCCCUUCUGGGCCCUCUAUGCUGUUCACAACCAGUCCCACGUACGCGAGAUACUAGCUCAGUACAAGAUUGGGGAGCUGAGCCCUGAAGACAAGGCACCGUCCACCUUGAAGACCUCUGACCCUUUCGCUGAUGAUCCUAUCCGUCACCCAGCUCUGAAGGUCAACAGCCAGCGCCCCUUUAAUGCAGAACCCCCCCCUGAGCUGUUAACAGAAAACUACAUCACACCCAACCCUAUCUUCUUCACCCGAAACCACCUGCCUGUACCUAACGUGGACCCAGACACCUAUCGCCUGCAUAUUAUAGGACCACCUGGGGGUCAGUCACUGUUGCUAUCCCUAAGUGACUUGCACCAGUUCCCCAAGCACGAGAUCACAGCCACUCUACAGUGUGCUGGCAACCGGCGCUCUGAGAUGAAUCAGGUAAAAGAAGUAAGAGGUCUGGAGUGGAGUACAGGGGCCAUUAGCACUGCACGCUGGGCCGGAGCACGACUAUGCGAUGUGUUAGCCAAGGCUGGUCACCAACUCCAGGAUACCGAGGCCCAUGUCUGCUUUGAGGGACUGGACUCAGACCCCACAGGAACUGCCUAUGGAGCAUCCAUCCCUCUGGCUCGGGCCAUGGACCCUGAAGCUGAGGUCCUGUUGGCAUAUGAGAUGAACGGGCAACCUCUGCCUCGUGACCAUGGCUUUCCUGUGCGGGUGGUGGUUCCUGGUGUGGUGGGUGCCCGCCAUGUCAAAUGGCUGGGCAAAGUGAGUGUGGAACCAGAGGAAAGUUACAGCCACUGGCAGCGACGAGAUUACAAAGGCUUCUCUCCAUCUGUGGACUGGGACUCUGUAGAUUUUGACUCAGCUCCAUCUAUUCAGGAACUUCCUGUCCAGUCAGCCAUCACAGUGCCGAAGGAUGGGGAGAUAGUAGAGUCAGGAGAGUUGAUUAUCAAAGGCUAUGCAUGGAGUGGUGGUGGAAGGGCUGUGGUCAGGGUAGAUGUGUCUCUGGAUGGGGGCCUAACCUGGCAGGUGGCUGAGUUGGAUGGGGAGAAACAGUGCCCCCGAAAGGCCUGGGCCUGGCGGCUAUGGCAGCUUCAAGCCACUGUGCCACCUGGGAAGAAGGAAUUGAACAUCGUUUGUAAGGCUGUAGAUGACAGUUACAAUGUGCAGCCAGACACCGUGGCCCCAAUCUGGAACCUGCGAGGCGUGCUCAGUAAUGCCUGGCACCGUGUCCACGUCCAUGUCGCCCCAUGAGAAGGUGAAAUGGAGCCAUCUACUCCCCAGAACCACCUUUUCAGUGCCUUUCCACACCCAUCAUUUAGCCUCAUUUCCAUGGCAAAGCCUUUCCAUCUCUGCUCUUUGAAUCAGAAUGUUGUACUGUGCUUCCUCAACCACACAGGUACACAGUGCACUUUUCCAUCCAGGCAAAACCCUCUUUUGAUACUGCUACCUGUUUCUGGCCACUGACCCUGUGUCAGGAGGUGAGAGCCAUCAGAGAAAGGGGCUAAAAGUGGGAAAAGUAUUUCCGGAAAAAAAGUAUUAUUUUCCCUUCCUCCUGCACCUCCAUUUCUAAUGUUUAUCACCACCGAGGCCUUAUUUUGCUUUUCUUCUUGGAUUCUUCAGAGAAUGUGGAUAUAUGUAAGCUUAAAAAGUAGCUAUGUGACUUCCUAUUGCCUCUCUGGAUUGCCAGGGGUAUGAGUAGUGCAACCCUCUCCCUUUAUAAUUACACUUUUCUAAAUAUUUCAAUAAAGCAUCUGUUUAAGAC